GGCAACCGCGGUCGUCACUUCGAACAAGAUGGCGGCGCUCAGCGGCUCAUAACAAUCCGCAUGUUCAUCCUUCUGUGCUUUAUAGAGCUCUCUUUUCUUUUUAUUCUCUCAGAAUAAACUUUAUUUAAACACUUUUUAAAAGAUUAUACGGUUUAUGUGAUAUGUAUUUAAUUAUACUGUGAAUAAUCUAAGAGUUUGUGGAGCCGCAGUUAUGUCACCUUCAGAGAAUGAUAGUAAAAUCCCCGGAUUGAGAGGCGUGAGGACUACGUCACUGUUCCGCGCCGUGAACCCGGAACUGUUCAUCAAACCGAAUAAGCCGGUGAUGGUGCUGGGGCUGGUCAGCAUCACGCUGUGUGUGGGCUACCUCGGCUACCUGCAUGCUGUGAAGGAGAACUCUCAGGAGCUUUAUGAAGUCACAGACAGCGAGGGGGAGAGAUACAUGCGCAGAAAAUCCUCCAAGUGGGACUGAGAGACGUGUCUGAGCCGCAGAGAGACGUGUCUGAGCCGCAGAGAGACGUGUCUGAGCCGCAGAGAGACGUGUAUGAGCUGCAGAGAGACGUGUCUGAGAUUCCACUGUACCCAGAAGCCGUCACUUCACUCUACAACCACAUUUAUUUCAGACAUUAUUUCUAAUAAACACCAAGUGUCAUGUGCAUUUGCACUGUUUUAAUCUUCACACACACACACACACACACACACACACACACACACACAGUAAUGUGUAAAGUUUUAUUCUGGUGUGUAAAAUGGUUUGGACUUUGAGAAAUCUGUGUUGAGAAUAUUUUUUUAUAUUAAUGAACAAAAGUAAAGUAAAAGAUCAGAAGUUAAAACCUCAUCAA